AUGCUAUCCAAACAUGACCAAACAAUGACCCAGUUCCAAACCAACAGCUCAACCUUACAUCACUGUCUGAUCAAGUGGGACAAGCUGAAAGCACAUGACCAAUCCUUCACCCAAGCCUUGAUCAGACUGGCUCUACAACUCCAGAGAUUCAUGAACCAGAUGGACGACUACUUUCGGAUCCCCCAAGACCACCCUCCUCCCUCACAUCUGCAUCAUCUUCAACAUCAGCACCAUGAACAACAAGAAGAACCUUCUACUCAGAUCACGCCAAGUCCAAUCAGUCUCAACAAGGCCUUUGCUGAGAUCAUCACCACCGGCCCAUCAGCCCAUCUAAGGAUUGAGGAAGAUCCAUCAGCCUAA